AUGGUCUUUAAAACAAAAUACCUGCACCAUGCCAGAAGACCUGCACCAUGCCAGAAGACCUGCACCAUGCCAGAAGACCUGCACCAUGCCAGAAGACCUGCACCAUGCCAGAAGACCUGCACCAUGCCAGAAGACCUGCACCAUUCCAGAAGACCUGCACCAUGCCAGAAGACCUGCACCAUGCCAGAAGACCUGCACCAUGCCAGAAGACCUGUACCAUGCCAGAAGACCUUCACCAUGCCAGAAGACCUGCACCAUGCCAGAAGACCUGCACCAUGCCAGAAGACCUGUACCAUGCCAGAAGACCUGCACCAUGCCAGAAGACCUGCACCAUGCCAGAAGACCUGCACCAUGCCAGAAGACCUGUACCAUGCCAGAAGACCUGCACCAUGCCAGAAGACCUGCACCAUGCCAGAAGACCUGCACCAUGCCAGAAGACCUGCACCAUUCCAGAAGACCUGCACCAUGCCAGAAGACCUGCACCAUGCCAGAAGACCUGCACCAUGCCAGAUAUGGAGUUGA